AUGGCCGACGCUAUGGAGGAAUAUGAGAAAGAAGCUGGCUGCGUCCCUAUUCUCCAUCCCGAGGAAAUCAAACCCCAGAGUCAUUACAACCACGGCUACAGUGAGAAUGUCAGCCGUAAAAACCAUGUGGACGACUACAGCACCUGGGACAUUGUCAAAGCCACACAGUACGGCAUCUUCGAGCGCUGCAGGGAGCUGGUGGAGGCGGGCUUCGACGUUCGGCAGCCAGACAAAGAAAAUGUAACCCUCCUCCAUUGGGCCGCCAUCAACAACAGGAUAGACUUGGUCAAGUACUACAUAUCAAAGGGAGCCAUAGUUGACCAGCUGGGAGGAGACCUGAACUCCACACCUCUGCACUGGGCCACCAGACAAGGGCAUCUAUCCAUGGUGGUGCAGCUCAUGAAAUACGGUGCAGACCCAUCUUUGAUCGACGGCGAGGGCUGCAGCUGCGUCCAUCUGGCCGCCCAGUUCGGCCACACCUCCAUUGUGGCCUACCUUAUUGCCAAAGGACAGGAUGUGGAUAUGAUGGAUCAGAACGGCAUGACUCCUCUGAUGUGGGCGGCUUACAGGACACACAGUGUGGAUCCCACCAGGCUGCUACUAACCUUCAACGUCUCUGUCAACCUCGGUGACAAAUAUCACAAGAACACAGCGCUGCACUGGGCGGUACUGGCCGGAAACACCACUGUCAUCAGCCUGCUGCUGGACGCCAACGCCAACGUUGAUGCACAGAACAUCAAGGGGGAAACACCGCUAGAUCUCGCCAAGCAGAGGAAGAACGUUUGGAUGAUCAAUCACCUACAGGAAGCGCGGCAGGCCAAAGGUUACGACAGCCCGUCCUACCUGAAGAGACUGAAGAUGGACAAGGAGUUCAGGCAGAAGGUGAUGCUGGGAACGCCCUUCGUGGUCAUCUGGCUAGUUGGCUUCAUCGCCGACCUGGAUAUAGACUCGUGGCUGAUCAAGGGCAUCAUGUACGCUGGCGUCUGGGUCGCCGUGCAGUUCCUCUCCAAGGCUUUCUUCGACCACUCCAUGCACAGCGCUCUCCCUCUGGGAAUCUACCUGGCCACCAAGUUCUGGAUGUACACCACCUGGUUCUACUGGUUCUGGAAUGAUCUGCCUUUCGCCACCGUCCACGUGCCCUUCCUGAUAAACACCCUGGCUCUGUUCUACAACUUUGGAAAGUCUUGGAAGUCUGACCCAGGAAUCAUAAAGGCAUCAGAGGAGCAGAAGAAAAAGACGAUCGUGGAGCUGGCAGAGACAGGCAGCCUGGAUCUGAGCAUAUUCUGCAGCACCUGCUUGAUACGGAAGCCCAUCAGGUCCAAACACUGCGCCGUCUGCAACCGCUGCAUCGCCAAGUUUGACCACCACUGUCCCUGGGUGGGGAACUGCGUCGGAAGUGGGAAUCACCGCUACUUCAUGGGUUACCUGUUCUUCCUGCUCUGCAUGAUCUGCUGGAUGAUGUACGGCUGCAUCUCCUACUGGAGGAUCCACUGUGCCACCAGUUACGCCAAGGAUGGUUUCUGGCUCUAUCUGACCCAGAUCGCCUCCUGCUCCCCCUGGAUGUUCUGGAUGUUCCUCAACAGCGUCUUCCACUUCAUGUGGGUGGCCGUGCUCAUCAUGUGUCAGCUCUACCAGAUCGCCGCCCUAGGAAUCACCACCAACGAGAGGAUGAACGCUCGGAGAUAUAAGCACUUUAAAGUCACAGCCACGUCCAUCGAAAGCCCAUUCAACCACGGCUGCAUCCGAAACCUCAUAGAUUUCUUCGAGAUCCGCUGCUGUGGUCUGAUCCGGCCCGUGACGGUGGACUGGACCACGCAGUACACAAUAGAAUACGACCAGACGUCUGGCUCGGGCUACCAGCUGGUGUAA